AUGCGGAAAUGGCGAAAUAUUAGUCUAGAAUCAUUAUUAAUUCCAAAAUCAAAAGACAGAUUUCGCCUUUCUUUUUUUCCUUUUUUCCCUUUAAUUUUCUUCUUUUUUAUUAUUUUAAUUCCAAUUUCCCAACAACAAACAGAAAAUUGGGAUCAACAAAGAAGGUUAAUAGAAGGAAGUAGAACAACAACUUCUAAUAAUAAUUUAGAAGAUAAUGGAGAUCUCUUUAUUUUACUUGAUGAAAUUAGUGUUUUUAGUUGUAGAGGAAUUAAAAAUGAAAUUAAAUUAACUGAAGAGGAUGUUCAAAUUGUAAAUGAAAAAGGCAAUAAAGUUUAUUAUAUUAAAGCACCUGGCAAUUAUUCUUUACAUUUUAAAAAUAUUAAUGUUUUAAAUAAUUUGGCAUAUUUGAGCGGGGAAAUAGGCGUUACUUUACAGGCAAGAAAAAAAUAA